AUGAAGCACGUCCAGACAGCCUUGUUGGCUCUACCGGCACUGCUAUCUACAUUGGUGCUUGCUGCUCCUCCAGCAUACGAACAACACCCCCUGCACCUCCCUCACAAUCCGGAACCUCAAUCGCAAUGGCGAGACUUUGUAGGACAUAUGCUGGAUGCAGUGUGGCGGCCGAGCUCCUGUCAUGGAUCCAAGGACAGAGCGCAUAGUGACAGACCACGGCCUCCACCCCACGUCUUUGCUGGUUAUGGGGGAGACAUCGUGGUCAGAUUCAACAUCAGCACACCCGAAGAGGCCGAGUACAUGGCAGAGGCCAUCGAUAACCAGCUUCUGGACGUGUGGGAGUUCUCGUACGAGUGGGUGGAUGUUCGCAUGGCCAAGGAGGAGGUGCCUUAUCUGCUGGGUCUUCUCCCGAAGUCGCUACAGAACGCGCACACGCCUCUGCUGCGUGAGCAGGCUCUUGCGCAAGCCAUAGCAGAUACGUAUCCCCGAAGCGCGAAGCAGGCCACUACGGAGGCGCCAUACCACUUACCCACGCGACGACCUUUUAGCCCAACACUGGAGCCAGUGUCGGCAGCAGAGACCAACAUUUUCUUCGCCGAUUACCAGCCAUUUUCCGUCAUUGAUCCGUGGAUGAGGCUGCUCGCGUCUCUGUACACCACUCAUGUGCGCAAAAUCAGUAUUGGUACGACUGCCGAAGGUCGCGACAUUCCAGCCCUACGAGUCGGCGUGCACCCAACGAACAGCGAAGACCCGAAUCCUCCAAAGCGCAAGACAAUCCUCGUGGCUGGCGGUCUACAUGCAAGAGAAUGGAUCAGCACUACAACAGUGAAUUAUAUUGCCUACUCUCUCGUCACAGGCUAUGGCCAAGUUACCAGCGUGACGAGGUUGCUAGAAGCCUUCGACUUCGUGUUUGUGCCCACACUGAACCCCGAUGGCUACAUCUACACCUGGGAGACAGAUCGCCUCUGGCGCAAGAACAGACAGGAGACUGGCCUACGCUUCUGCAAGGGCAUGGAUUUGGACAAAGCGUUCGGCUACGAAUGGGCCGCGACGGACAACCCGUGUAGCGAAGCCUACGCCGGCAGUAGUGCAUUCGAAGCAAGAGAGGCGAAAGCCUUCGGAGAUUGGGCGAAAAAUGAGACUGAUAACAACAACGUGGACUUUGUGGGAUUCCUGGACUUGCACUCGUACUCACAGCAGAUUCUCUACCCCUACGCCUACUCCUGCGACGCGACGCCACCAGGUUUGGAGAAUCUUGAAGAGGUCGCAUUUGGAAUUGGCAAGGCGAUCCGAACAACACAUGGCCACAACUACGAAGUCAUGCCAGCUUGCGAGGGCAACGUCGCAUUCAACUCAAAAGGCACGAAGCAGCACCUCAUGCCGCGCAUUGAGUCUUCAGGCGGAUCGGCGCUGGACUUCUUCUACCAUACUAUCGGCACGCGGUACGCGUAUCAGAUCAAGCUACGUGAUCGUGGAACAUAUGGGUUUCUUCUGCCAAGGGACAACAUCAUACCUGUAGGGAAGGAGGUCCUGAACGCUGUGUUGUAUCUCGGUGGCUUCCUCGGUGACCUUUACGAUAGUGAUAGCGCCGAGGUCGAGAUGGAAAAGCCAGAAUUGAAGGACGCUGAAGAAGAGCGAGAAGUCGAGGAGCUCAGGGAGGAAGCGGGCGAAGAUGAUGUUGACUCCUGGGUGACAGUGAAGGACCUUAAUCCCGAGGACGUAAAUUGGGAUCUUAAGCGGCGGAAGAGACGAUGA